GUGUAACAGAGUUAUAUACAAAGUGUGUCUCCACUUGCAAAUAAUGAUAUAUCAAAUAAUCACAUUUACAAAUGACUAGAUGGAAAAAUGUUUAUCAGAGCUUCCUAUUGGCUGGCUGGUUCUACGUGCUGUGUACGCCCCUGUUGCGUUCGUCAGUUCAUUUGUAAAAAGGCCAGUGGUAAGUUGUGUGUUUGGUAGCUCUGAAAUUCUGUCUGUUACUGUCUACAAAAUGUGUGAGACAUCAUGAGCAACAGCAUGUAUUCGAUAUCAAGACAAGUGCUAGACAUUGGGGAAGAGUGUAAAAGAUGUUUGUUUUAUUUUAGCGUGCCAGCACGAGGAGUGUCGAAUAUGCUGGAACUGAUCAACUCACUCUGUGUUAUCCUGUUUUCUCAGUGAAUAAAAAAACAAAGGCUGGGAGAAGAGUUUGGUUUUCACGAGCUUUAUUGAUACACAACACAACGCAGAAAAGAUUAAAAGAAAAGACCAGUUACAUUGGUGCCGUGAUCGGUCUUUCUAAGCACCUGUGUCGGACGCGCAACGUCAGGCGGAACCCGGCAUUGGCGUGCAGCUGAAACGUGAAAAUCUGUGCACGCGGACGUCGGGGGAUCGUCGCGAGGCGGAAGUCGGAGGAUCGGCGCGAGGCGGACGUCGGGGGAUCGUCGCGAGGCGGAAGUCGGAGGAUCGGCGCGAGGCGGACGUCGGGGGAUCGUCGCGAGGCGGAAGUCGGAGGAUCGGCGCGAGGCGGACGUCGGAGGAUCGUCGCGAGGCGGACGUCGGGGGAUCGGCGUGUGGCGAUACUUUGGAGCUUCUGUGCACAGAGGACUUGAGGCGAUCGAAACAAAGUUCAGAGUUUGACACGGGUGGAGCUUGGAAGUGAAGACGAGGUGGUUGCUUGCACUACUACAUGAAUACAGGCACUGAAUUGAGUAUAUAUAUAUUUUUUUAGGUUUAUACAAAAUUGAAUUGCUAUACUUAUUCUCUGAAAUAUUUCUGGGUUCAGUUACUAGUAGUGUGAUUUUUGGAAAGACAUGGAAAAGUAUAACACACCAGGCCUGGGCAGAGGGAGAGGGGUGUACCAGACUGAUGUAACAUUUUCUGUGGAUAGAGGGCUUACUGGCUAUCCACUUACUUCCACACCAUGUGUAGCUUUUCAAAAUUGUGGAGAAACUCUCAAAACUGAUCAGUCCGGGGGUAAUAUGGCAGAUAGGACUGCAUUAGGGACUUCUACUGAAGGGGGCAGUAUUCCUGUAGAUAUGUUGGUCACUGUUGUGAAACAAAUAGGUCAAUCCAUCAGUGAAAAUAUUGUAUCUUGUUUGGAAUCAAGAGUGUUGGGAGGUGGGGAAGGAUUCAGAGCUGAACAACCUGGCAGUAGCAUACUCUCUGGAACACAAAACCUGAAGCUGGUAUUACAGUCUGAUGUUAAAGAGCCAGCAUACUAUCGAGGGGAUGGUUCUGAUAAAUGCACAGUGUAUGAAUGGGUGGAAUUGAUGUCAGUAUACUUGCGUAAGCGUGAGUAUAGCCAAGAAUGUCAGGCUGAAGAGGUUUUGGGCCGAUUAAUGGGGAGGGCACGGGACGUUGUUAAAAUAGCUUUACGCAACUACGCAAAAACUGACCUGACUAAUGGCCCUGGACCUAUUUUUGACAUCCUGAAGCAACAUUUUGGUGAAACUGUGCACUCUGCUAUGCCCUUAGCUGAUUUUUAUGCUACACUGCCCUUAAAAGGAGAAAGUCCAUUUGAUUAUUGGAUAAGGUUAAACAGGGCAAUUGAUGUAGCAGAGGACUGCUUGAAAAGACAAGGGAAGAAACUUGAUAAUCCAUCUCAGGAGGUGACCGUUAUGUUUGUUAGACAUUGCCCAGAUCCCCAAUUGCAGCUGAUUUUCAGAUGUAAACCCCAGCAACAUUGGACAGCUGCUGAAGUGCAAGAAAGGUUGGAUGAAUUUCAAAGGGAAAACAAGUAUACACGAAAUCAGUUAUCAUGUUUAGCUCAGAAACAAGAAACUGUAUUGCAUGUUUUACCUACUGCUCAUGAUGAAGUUAGCAAUAAUGAGGUAUCAGUAGUCAAGUGUAAUGCUCCUCAAGUACAGCAGUCUUUUGCUUGCAGUUCUGUCGAAUCCUUAGAGCGGCUGAUCACACGACUGGAACAUGUGUUGGAAAGAGUUCCAAGUGAGAUGACAAAACCUGCUGAAAAGCCUGUUCGACCGAGGCCCAAAACUAAAGGUGAUAGGUGGGGCCCGUGUAAGGUAUGUGGAGACUCUAACCAUACCACCUCUUACCACUGUCGAGCAAAUGGGCUUUGCUUUGUGUGUUUUGCACCAAAUCACACACGUUUUGAAUGCCCAAACAUUGUUGCAGAUGGGCUUGUCAGGGUCUCGUCAACGGCAUGUCCCUCUGGCCAGCAGGGAAACUGAAUGGCCCGCAUGAGGUGGGGGGAGAUGCAGGGCCCAAUGAAAACCCCCAAGUAUUUGAUGUUGAUUUGGAAUCACUAUAUUCUACUGUGCGUGAGGAAUUUGACCAAAACAUGAUUGUGAUAGUUCAAAACACACGAAAACUGUCAAUGCAUGAGGGAUUGUUUUAUACUGACGUUUGUUUGGAAAACACACUAACUGUUAAAGGUAUGAUAGAUUGUGGUUCUAUGGCUUGCACUGUGAGCCCUGGGGUUGUGUCUAAGUUAAAGGAUGCAGGAGUAGCCUUGACUGAUUCGGUGACUCCAACUCAUGUAGUGCUGGUCGGCUGUGGAGGGUCGAAAACAAAACCUAGUGGGAUGUGUGACAUAAACAUGACUGUUUACGGGUGUACUGUUCAGGUUCCAACAUUGAUUGUUGACGGCCAAGAUGAUGACAUCAUUGUGGGUAGCAAUGUGAUAAAGUACCUGAUCAAAGAGUUGAAAAGUCGAGGAGAAUUGAUUAAAAGAAGGAUGUCUGUCAAUAAGGAUUCUGAGGAUAGUAAACUUAUUCAGUUGCUGGCUAAUGUGGAGAGGUGGAACGGAGCAGUCGUUCCUGGAAAGGUUGGGACAGUUAAACUGAAGAAUUCCGUAACACUUGAACCCUUAAAGGAGCAUUUAGUUUGGGCAAAGCUUUCUAAUCUAAACAAUUUGUCAGCAGGCAGUGCCAUCAUUGCAGAGCCGUGUGGAGCACGCUCCAGACCCAGAAAUAUCUUGAUUGGUCGUACAGUGGCGAGGUUGUGGGCUGAUGGAUGGGUGCCUGUUAAGGUAAUUAACCCUUCAUCGGUGCCCAUUACUCUCAGACGUAACGCAAAAUUGGCUGACAUUUAUCCAUGUUUGGCACUGGAAGACUUUGAUGAUGCAUGUGAAGGCGUCACAAAUGGAGGGUUAUUAUGCCCAAUCAGACAACAUACCAACAAUGUAGAGGUUCAUGACAAUUCAAGUGGUUGCAGUUUGUCUGACAUUGGUGUACCCAGGAGAGACUGUGAGUUCCAUGAUAGGUUAACGAAGCUGGGACUCGCAGGCAUUGAUUUGAGUUCCUGUCAUUUGUCUUCUGAUUGGAAAAAAAAACUUGUUGAUCUAAUUGAGAAGUAUGAAUGUAUUUUCUCUAAACACAGACUUGACUGCGGCAAAGUUGAGGGCUAUGUACAUCGGAUAAGGCUGAGUGAUGACCGUCCAUUUAGGCUUCCAUACAGACGACUUCCGCCUAAUCAGUACGAUAAGCUUAGGCAAGCCUUGGAUGAAAUGGAAGAGAGAGACAUUAUCAAGAGAUCUAGUAGCGAAUAUGCUUCACCUCUUGUUAUUGUUUGGAAGAGAAAUGGAGAUUUAAGACUUUGUACUGAUUUUAGGUGGCUCAAUGCUCGAACUAUAAAGGAUGCUCAUCCAUUACCACAUCAAGCCGAUGCUUUAGCUGCACUGGGUGGAAACAUUUUUUUUUCCACUAUGGACCUGACGUCCGGCUACUACAAUGUUGAAGUACAUGAGGAAGACCGAAAAUACACUGCUUUCACAUCGCCUUUUGGGUUAUAUGAGUAUAACCGUCUUCCUCAAGGACUUUGUAAUAGUCCAGCAACUUUUAUGAAAAUGAUGCUCGGAAUUUUUGGAGAUCAAAAUUUCUUGAGCCUUCUCUGUUACUUGGAUGACGUGCUUGUAUUUGCUCCGGAUGAGGAGUUGGGUUUAAAGAGAUUGGAGCUGGUUUUUGAGCGCCUGAAGUCUCAUAAUUUGAAGUUGGCUCCAGGGAAAUGUCAUUUUAUGCAAAGGUCAGUGAAGUUUCUUGGUCAUGUUGUCAGCGAGGCGGGUGUGGCUUCAGACCCUGAUAAAAUCAAGGUGAUUACUGAAAUGACAGAGUCGGAUCUUAUGGAUGACAAAACUGGUGCUCCAUCCCAACAAAAGAUACGUUCUUUCCUUGGGAUGGUAGUAUAUUAUCAGCAAUUUAUAGAACAGUGUUCAGUAAUUGCAAAACCACUGUUCCAGUUAACUGCUGGCGCUAAGGGUCAGAGAGGUAAAAAGGUUAAGAAGACUGUGUUGAAAAGAACACUUACUGCAGAGGAUUGGACUGAUGAUUGUAGGCAGGCAUU